AUGUCACACAAUGGCAGCCUUUAUUUGAACCGGAUGCAGGUUGUCGGCCAUGCUCGUGCUGUCGGCCGUCUGCGUAUCAACAGAGAACGGCAAAUGGCUCGGGCGUCUAGAUUCAUUGACCCUUCCUCAAUUGGACAGGCGGAUGAGGAAUUCUCACAAAGUCCGGAAUCACGAUGGAUUCGGAAGAAAAUAAAGAUGCGCGAAUGCGCAAGGUUCCUUGCUGCGGAUUUGGAAAAGAGCUUCAAAACCGAGAAGGACACACUAUGCUGCUGUGGGUUACCUUUCUUCAAACACAAUAGGUUUACCGCCAUUGCCAACUCACCGCCAUCAGCUGUCACGUGGUCUUGGAAAACAGACACUAAUGUCCUACCAACCAAUGCUUUUGGAGAAAUUGAGUUCGUGGGCUACGAUGAAAUUCAAAGAAAGUAUGUUCGAAUGGACGCGGAGACAAAGAUGGGCGACGUGCUCCACUUGUUGCUAGAUGUCUGGGACAUGAAGAAACCGAAUCUGCUCAUUUCUGUCAUUGGCGGAACAGAAAACUUUCGCCUCAAAUCCAAGCUCAAAGACAUUUUUCGAAGAGGAAUGAUCAAGGCGUCUAAAAGCACAGGGGCGUGGAUUAUAUCCGGCGGAAUGAACAGCGGAGUGAUGAAGUACGUGGGUGAGGCAAUGAGGGACUACUGGCUGACCGCUGCGUCCACCGUUCCCGCCGUGGCCCUGGGGAUAGCCAACUGGGGCAGCGUCAAAAAUCGCGAGGACCUCCAGGACGAUUUUGGUUCGGGGCUAUGGCCAGCAACAUACACUCUGAUUCCAGCUACUGAAGGGAAUGAAAAGUGUCUGGAUCCAAACCACACCCACUUUCUGCUGGUAGAUAAUGGAACUACAAAUCAAACUGGAUUGGAGGUGAAAUUCCGGGACGAACUAGAAAGACAGAUCGCAAACACCAAGACAGGAAAUUCUCAAGCUGAUGUUAAUAUUCCAAUGAUUCGCCUACUCCUAGAGGGAGGGAGAGACUGUCUGGAAAGUGUACAGACGUCGAUAAGGAGCGGGAUACCUGUGAUCGUCGUCAAGUGGUCGGGAGGUUUAGCUGACUUGCUGGCGUCUGUGUACGAAAGUGCAAAGGUACAACAUGUAGUGGAAAAGCUCCACGGCGCCUCCAGAAUGAGGUCGCGUUCCGUCACCGACAACAUCAUACCCAGCAAACUGAGGAGGGCGAUAGAGAAAACGUUGGGGAGUAAUAAUGUGGAGGGGUACUGGAACAUCCUACGGGAGUGUGUCUACGAGAGAGAACUGGUCACCGUGUUCGACUAUCACAAAACACUGGAGAUUGACGUUGCCAUUCUCAAAAGCCUACUCAAAGCCAAUAAGGAUCAAGAGUUUGAUCAGUUGAAGCUGGCCUUGGCCUGGAACAGAAUAGACAUUGCAAAGAGCGAAAUCUUCACCGAGGACAAAAUAUGGCCUCCGGGAAGUCUGCAUGAAAUCCUGUAUUCUGCCAUCAGACAGGACCGGGUGGACUUUGUGGACCUAUUUCUUGACUGUGGAACAUCACUCAAAGAUUUCCUUACAACUGAACGUUUACUCAUGCUAUACAGUACAAUACCUGAUCACUCACUCCUUAAGGAACUGAUAUGUAGAGUCAAAAGAAAACAUAACUGCUUUGGGACGGAUGUAACAAUAAAAGACAUCAAGAGAUUAAUAAAGAUGUUAAUUGACAUUAACGUUGAACCGUACACAACCCGACCAGCCAAUCAAACGUCACAAUUCGGCAGUAACAGGAAGAAAGAAUCCAAGCUUCCCUUUGAGGAUCUAUUCUUGUGGUCUGUUUUGAUGAACCGUCAGGAUAUGGCAAAAUUGUUUUGGAGGCAAGGAAAGGAUGCCACGGCGUACGCUUUGUUGGCGUUUGGGAUUUUAAACGCAAUGGCGACCAAGACCGACGAUACCGAGUUACGUAACAGUCUGACAAGGAACGCAGAGGAAUUUGGCGACCUUGCGAUGGGUGUUUUGACCGAAUGUUUUGAAGCAGACGAGAAGAAAACCAACGUGUUGCUGAUUCGCAGACACGAGCAGUUUGGUGAAGCAAACUGUUUGAAGAUAGCGGUCAAGUCCGACAACAAGCAGUUCAUCUCACAUCCGGCUUGUCAGGACUUUUUUCGCAAUGUCUGGAUGGGGAAUUUGGCGCUAGAAAAUGGCACUUUUCGGCUGCUCAUAUCACCUGUUUUUCUGGGACUUUUUCUUCUGAAAGUGAAGGAAGUGUACUACUACGUGAAAGAAGAUCAGUCAAACAAAUCCAUCAGAUCAAACAGCCCCAGCAUAAGAUCCAGACAUGGAACUCUGGAACGACAGAUGAAUCUCAAACGACUUACAUCCGAGCCAAUCAGAUCUUCGGCGUACUGCAGUGUCAAAGAGGGAUGGUCACGACAGAAUUCAGAAAGCAUAGAAGGAUACACGAAAAAGAAGCUGCAAGGAAUCAGAUGGCAUCUCCACAGGAUCAAAAGCAUUUACACAGCACCUGUCAUGAUUUUUGCGCACAGUGUUAUUGCUUACUUUAUUUUCCUGGGAAUUUUUAGCUAUAUGCUAUUAAUAGAGUUCUCUCCUGAAAUGGGAUCCUGUGAAAUCAUCAUUUUCAUAUGGAUUCUGACCUUGAUGAUCGAGGAGAUGAGACAGUUUUGUUCCACAUCACAAGUAAAAAGAGACGAAGAGUUCACAAGGGUUGCCCUUUGGCAGAAAUUUCUGAAGAAAAAGAAGGAAUACUGGAGUGACAGCUGGAAUAAGGUGGACGUGCUGACAAUCGGCCUGUUUAUUCUGGCGGCCAUUCUUAGGUUCUGCCCGGAGACAAUCAGCGCCGCCCGUGUUGCCUACAGCUUCUGUCUUAUGUCCUUUUUCUUCCGAAUCCUGCAUGUUUUCACGGUUCACAAAGAGCUUGGGCCAAAGAUAAUCAUGAUUAGAAGAAUGAUGAUAGACCUGGUGUUCUUCUUGAUUAUCUUGAUGGUGUUCGUCCUGUCAUACUCGAUCUCUACAUACGCCAUCAUGUUUCCCAACUCUGUGCUUAGGGUAUCUUUGAUCCGACAGAUCCUCCGUAAAGGCUACUGGACACUGUAUGGAGAACUCUUUCUGGAGGAAUACGAAGCAGGCGGUGAAGACUGUACAUAUAAUGCGACAAUCUACGCAACAAACCCAGAGCGCCGCUGUCCUGAGGAGCGGGGUGUGGCGACUCUGCUGAUGGCUGUAUACGUUUUGUUUGCCAACGUUUUACUCCUCAAUAUCCUCAUUGCUAUGUUUAGUAACACCUUCCAGAAGGUCCAGGAGAACACGGACAGGCUGUGGCAUUACAUGAGGUGCUCACUUAUCUACGAGUUCUACAACAAACCCUUCCUCCCGGCACCCCUCAGCCUGCCCAUCUAUAUCAUUCUGAUGAUGAAAUGGGUCCUCAACCGUGGAUGUGGUGUAUGCCUGGACCUCUCUCCAGAUCUCAGUGAGGCCCAGGACCGGGAGAUAAUGCAGUGGGAGAACGUGAUAGCCGACGCCUACACCCAGAGACUGAAACGGGACAGAGAAAACAGCAUGGAGACCAAAGUGUUUGAAAUCAGUGAAAGAGUUGAAAAUAUAGCCGGGAGAAUAAGCGAGACACAAUCCUCAAAGGACAUUGUUCAUCACCUUGAUCGACGAAUGGAUUCAAUGGAAGAAAAGAUUUCAUCGAUUCUUCAGUUCUUGAACGCGGAAAGAAAUCGUAAACUCUUAAAUAAAACCGAAAAGAACAAAGAAAUUCCAGCUGUUACUUUUCGACAUAAAAGCUAUUGAAAUAAAGGUGUAUUUCUGUUCUGAAAAAAUAUGUACAGAGGAAAAAUAUGGCGCCAAGGAAUAUAUACCGUUUUAGUCUUAAAAAAAAAGGUUUCUUUCAACGAUAUUUUAUUAACGAUUGUGAUUAUCGAUUAAAGAAAAUUAGAGUUUCAAUUUAGAUUGCACUUCAAGUAUUCUGACUUUGAUCAUGACCUUGGACUUAAAAAUCAAAGAAGAUCAUUGUGAUUUAUUUUAAGAUGUCAUUGCAAGAAGUGUAUGCCUUUUGUGAUACAGUAUAGAAUCAGUUAAAAAAAACUCAACGGCUAAUUGCGAUGUCGUUUCGAAACUACAAAAUUACACACAGUCAGGAUGAAAGAAGAAACAAAAGAACAAACGAUUGCCUCACUGACUCAAAGAAGGUCUCCAUUUGAUAGUGAAAGCGGCAAUUAUGAUUUAUAUAUCAACAUCAGUGAAUAUUCAAAAUGUGCAAUAUGAUCUGUGUAUGCUGUAGUAGAUAUUACAUUAUUAUUUCAAUUCAUUCAAAGUGCUAAUGAGUGUAAACGACCAAUGUAAAUAAUUAUAGAUGUCAUAACGAAAAAACGGCAUUUUGAUCAUCUAUUGGUUUUUACAUUGAUUGUAAAAUUGAAAGUGUAUCUACAUGUACCUGCUAUAUAAUGAAUAUGCCCAGUUAUAUAAUGUUUGUAUAGUAUAAAUACUUUUUAAAUGUUUUACUGAAUAUUUAAAAACAGCUUUCUAUUAAUGAUAUAAAAAAUAAAAACAAUUCAUAUAUACCAA